GGGGGGGUCCUGAUGGAGGCUCUGGCUGCACAGGAGAUAGCCAGCCAGCAGCCGGCGGAACAGCAGGACCGGGUACACAGCGUGGCUGUCGCAACGACAGAAACAACACACGAGGUCCGGGCAACUGACAGCGGCGCGGCCCCUACGGCUCAGCCCGCCUUGGCCGAGGAGGAGGAGUGGGAAGAGGACAGCGACAAAGAGCUGUCCCAAGGGGAAGACUUCACCACCACCACCACCACCACCAUCUGGGUCAACCCCUUGGUCCCGGAGCUCUUCCAGGACCCCCACGCUGGUCCCCAGGAGGGGCGCAGCAGCAAGGGCACAGAGGUGGCAGCAGAGGCGGCUGGCGAGCUGCAGAGUGCCUCUCCUGCUCCAGCGGGGCUCACGGGUGCUGAGCCAGCAGGUUCUGCUCUGGACGGUGCCCCUGAGGAAGAGGGGCACCACGCGCCUCUCGCUCCCGCAGCGCAGGACGAAGCCAAGAAGUCACCGGCUUCUCCUGUCUUUGGCGAGCAGGACACAGCAGCGGCGGCAGAGAGCCAGGCACCAGCCCCGCACAGCUCCGCAGCAUUCACCGCGGCUCUGCAGGACGUUGCCGACCGCAUUGUGAGGGGGGUCCUGAUGGAGGCUCUGGCUGCACAGGAGAUAGCCAGCCAGCAGCCGACAGAACAGCGGGACCUGGCACAAAGCAUGGAUGCGGUGAUGGCACCGCAAACACCUGCAGGACCUCAGGACCCGGAGUCUCCCUUGGCUCGAGAACCUCAGGCAGAGGCCAGCACAGCCCCGCUCGUGCCAGCGGCACGCGACGAUGGAGAAGACACAGCUUUUCCCAUGUCUGGAGGGCACCAAGAAGAGGCCAGCACCACUGUUGUCUCCCAGGCAGUGCACAAGGACAAAGUGGCUGCUUCAUUGCCUCCAAACCCUCCGGCAGAUGCUGGCGCGCCCCACCUUGCCCCAGCAGUGGAUGAGGAAGGAGAGGCAGCGGCUUCUCCCUUGGCUCGGGACCCUCAGCACCAGGUGGCCUCCGAGCACAGAGGCGACGCGCAGCGAUCCUCCGGCCGCAGCGACGUGCCCGAGGAUGACUCAGGCAUCGCCGCCCUCCCGCACGCCCCAGCUCGACGGCGACAGCCCUCCCUCUUCAGGAGGGCGCUCAGGGCUCUGCGCAGGGCGUUCUGCUCUACCUGCAUGGCGGGAGAGCAAGAGCAGUAGUGCCCCGCUGCCAGCGCCAGGCGGGUCCCCGGAGAAGGCAGCUGGCCCUGAGCCUGCACAGCGUCCCGAGGGUGCGGCAUGGGGAGGCACGCGAGGGAUGGGGGCAUGGACAGCACCCCAGGCACUCAGCUGCCCUGAGGACAUGAUGCUGCCAGCCACCGCUCGGCUGUGGACACUUUCUGCGCCCAAUAACAGCUGACGAUCUUCCCCCAGUGCUCGUCUGUGCCUGGUCAGUCUUGGAAGAAAGACAGGUGCAGGCAAGGCCUGUGCCCACAGGCAGAGCUGGAGAGACCCUGUGCUCCCUCUUCGGCGCUCCGGCUCCCGCCCGGCUGGGGCCUCCACCGGCCUCGCUCCACGGUGCUAGUAUUUUGAGGCAAUUUGUGU